CUUGUGGGUAGGCUCCCAACGUCCUUGUCCUACCAAACCCGCACACCGAGUGGUUCGACGCAAGGGCUCGGGGAUCUCUGUCAUUUACUGGUGCUUGAAUAAAAUCCGAUUUUCAGACAUGAUGGCAGCAAGGUUUCUCCGCCGCGCUCUCCCCGUGCUGAGGCAGAGUCGCUCCUACGCCGAGGCAGCCUCCGGAGCCCCGCAGAUGUCCUUCACUUUUGCCUCCCCGACACAGGUAUUUUUCAAGGAGGCCAGUGUAAAGCAGGUGGAUGUGCCCACGCUCACUGGUGCAUUCGGUAUCCUUCCUGCCCACGUACCCACCCUGCAGGUGCUCAGGCCCGGUGUUGUCACAGUCUUCAACGACGACGGCUCCUCUGUCAAAUACUUUGUGAGCAGUGGGUCAGUAACAGUCAACGCUGAUGCUUCAGUGCAGCUGCUAGCUGAGGAGGCUGUUCCCUUGGACCAGCUGGACGCUGCAGCAGCCAAAGCUAACCUGGAGAAGGCCCAGUCCGAGCUGGCCGGGACAUCUGACGAGGCUGCGAGAGCGGCCGUUCAGAUCAGCAUAGAGGCCAACGAGGCCAUCAUCAAGGCUCUGGAGUAAACCAGUGGUAAUCUUUUCUGUUUCUUCGAUGGAAAUCGAUGGUCCAUCUGUGUUUCCAGCUCCGUCACGUCAGUGUCCAGAAGAUUCCAUGCUUUCUUUGUACAGUGGAUGAAAUGAAAAAAUAAAUUUAUUUGGAGUUACCUGG